CUAACUCACAGUGAGGAGUACAGCUCACUCCAACAACUCCUGGGGACAAACAGAGUACAGCAGCCUCUCCAGAUUCUGCUAUGAGCUGAGGCUAAACUCGUCACCUACGUCAAGUUCAGACCUACUAAGCUUUAAUUUCAGCAAAGCUGGCUCCCACCGUCAUGGUAACACAGAGCAAGUUCCCGAGCAUGAGCCGGGCUUUGGACACCAGCCUUCGGCUCAAGACUUUCUCUUCCCGCAGCGAGUACAACCUGGUGCUGAGUGCCGUCCGCAAACUGCAGGAGAGUGGCUUUUACUGGAGCACCGUCACGGGUAGCCAGGCCAACCUGCUGCUGAGCACCGAACCCGCUGGGACCUUCCUAAUCCGGGAUAGCUCUGACCACCGACAUUUCUUCACGCUCAGUGUGAAAACGGAAUCUGGCACCAAAAAUUUACGGAUUCAAUGUGAACCUUGUGGAUUCUCUUUACAGACAGACCCACGCAGCGCGCAGCCGGUUCCACGGUUUGAUUGCGUUCUCAAACUUCUGCGCCAUUACAUGCCUGCCAAGGACUCGAGCAAUUGCAACAAAAGAGCGUAUUACAUUUUCUCUGGAGGGGAAAGGGUCCCUUUGCUCCUUUCUCGACCCCUAUCCUCCAAUGUUUCCACUUUACAGCACCUCUGCAGGAAAGCAGUGAACGGACAGAUUGAAAACUUCCAAGGCCGGGAUCAGCUACCGCUGCCCAUUAAGGACUUUUUACAGGAAUACGAUUCACCUGUGUAACUAACUCGCAGGGUAAACAAAGUGGAAAUAAAUUACUGGAUGCACACACAUCUGGCAUGACUAAUACACAGUAUGAGCUGAGUGGAAAGUAGUGCUCACGCAGUGGCAAGAAAGCAGAAGAAAGAAGUGAUGUUUGUCCAUCGCUCAGAUACUGAGUACAGUUCAAUGAAAGUACUCAGGAUUCCGGGAGGAGACGGUUUAUUUAGUACAUGUGAGUGGAAGACUCGGUUCUGAGAGUGUGUUGAAAUAUAAAGCACUGAAUACUCGUACAGAGACUGUCCUGAUUACCAGAGCAUCUAUAGCACGCACUGCUCUCCGCCCCCCGACACCCCAAGUUCUCAUUGCAGGCCGGGUGCAAGAAUAUGGAGGGGGGACCCUAAGCCAAUGCUGCACAGAUGAGGUUCUGGUUCCCUCCCCGGCAUCAGACCAGAACGUUGUCUGCCUCGCACUGAAUGUCCAGCCGUUCCAAAACGGUUUAUUUAUCACAGCAUCACCAAUAUGGCCUUAAAACAUGUCUACUGGAAGGAGGAGUUACUUGUGCAUGCGCAGGGCAUUAUUGUCAGCAAUCCGCGUGAUCGGUAGAAUCCGUACCAUGCAGACCUCAAUGCUGGCUUCUGGUAGACUUCAUGGUUAUUUUUGCACAAGAAUCAAGCAAAGAAAAAGGAUUUAAUUUACGUUUGAUGUUUGUUUGGAAGGUUUAACAAAUGAAGAGGAACCUGGGAAAGCAGGGGUUCGAUGUCCUCUCCUGACAUUUUCUUGACUGAACUAAGAACGGUUCUUUAAAAGUUCAGGAUUUGACUGCUGCAUUUUUUUUUUUUUUUUUUUCAUUAUUUUUAUAUUGCACAAGAAACUUUGCACCAGAAGACCCCUUUGUGGGAGGGUGGCAAGGCCGCAAAAUAAAAUGGCGAAUCUCUCGACUCCAGCCAUGUUUACAUAGCAGCCAGCGCCAUCAAAAUUUCCAAGUUAAUGUUUGCACAUAUUUAUAUUUUACACAGAUCAUUUCAGUAAUUUAUAAUAAAAAAAUCUUUUGUAAUGAA